AUGAAUGAUCCACGGUUUUCAGAAGAAGACUACAUUUCUUGGACAGGAUGGACCAAAGAACAGCUGAUAGACAUGGCAGAAAUAAUUGAGCCUGUUAUGAAUGAAUCAAAACAUCGUAGCGUGUUCAAUGCUAUAUGUAUAUUCUGGAUUAAAAUGAAAACUAACUUGUCGUUUCGUCAAAUUGGUACUUUAUUUCGUGUUGAUUGUCCUGACCAAGAUAUUCGAAAAAGAGUAUCUGAUUCAUUUCAUUCAGUGGCCGCUGCAUUUGAAAAAGUCAUUGUGCCGCAGCACCUUGGCAUCGAACAUUUAACGAGAGAAAUGGCCUUAAGUCAUCAAACAGCAUAUACAAAAGCAUUUUAUGGAGAUAAUAUUUGUCUCAUUUGGGACGGCAUCUACUUUUACUUCGACAAAAGUGACGAUCAUGAACUACAGCGACAUAUGUACUCCGGACAGAAGAAGUAUCACUUAUUGAAAUUCAUGUAG